AAUCCCUUUGCCUAGAAGAAAAGCGCGAGCACAGAAGCCGAGAGAAGUUAGGGAGGUCGAGCAGGGAAGGCUUGGUGGAAACCUCAAACAGAUUUCCUUUUUGCUGGUCCUGGUCGCUUGGACCCAGGAGGAACGUCCCUGCUUGCGUCUAGGGGCGGACGGUGAACGCGCUGCGCACGGCCCCGCCAGGGCUGGUAGUUUGCAGACCGUCCCUGCCGAGGCCCGCUCGCCCGGCAGCCCUGCGGCUCCCGCGGUGGUGGCAGUGGCGGCGGCGGCCCCAGGCUCGAUCCAGCCCAGGUAGCUGCGACUAAGGCUCUGGGGGCGCUGUGACCCCGCUCCUGGCUGCUCCUGGCCGCUCCUGGCACCCUCCUGUCCCCCAGAGUACGGCUGUUAGAGAGUGACCCCGACUGCUGCUGAUGGUGCCUCUGUUGCUCCCCUACUAGCAGGCAGGGUUUCUCUGUGUAGUUUUGGAGUCUAUCCUGGAGCUUGCUCUGUAGACAAGGCUGGUCUGGACACGUGCCAUCACUGAACGGCUAAUAAGGAGUGAUUCUUCCCUGGAAGUGGACUUUCGAGAGGGGUUCAUUAGACCAGGUUUCCCACCUCCUCAGAGAGCUGUCUGGUUGUGCUUCUUGCUGGAUUGUAUAGUAUCGCUCGUGUUUAAAACAACAGAAUGGAAGCCAGGCAAGGAAAUCAGCUGACUCAGGAGCCAGAGUGAGAGCACCGCACCCCCCGCCCCAGCCUGCACCAUGAACUUGCCUUCACCUUCUGCACGUUGAGAGCCAAGGGAAAGGGUGCAUUGCUAGAGAGAGAUGGCUUUCUUUACUCCCUGGAAGUUGUCCUCUCAGAAGCUGGGCUUCUUCUUGGUGACUUUUGGCUUUAUAUGGGGGAUGAUGCUUCUGCACUUCACCAUUCAGCAGCGAACCCAGCCCGAGAGCAGCUCCAUGCUGCGGGAGCAGAUCCUGGAUCUCAGCAAAAGGUACAUCAAAGCACUGGCAGAAGAAAACAGGAACGUGGUGGAUGGACCGUAUGCUGGCGUCAUGACGGCUUAUGAUCUGAAGAAAACACUUGCUGUGCUACUGGAUAACAUCUUGCAGCGCAUUGGCAAGCUCGAGUCGAAGGUGGACAAUCUUGUCAAUGGCACAGGAGCAAAUUCUACCAACUCCACCACAGCUGUCCCCAGCUUGGUAUCGCUUGAAAAAAUUAAUGUGGCAGAUAUCAUUAAUGGAGUUCAAGAAAAAUGUGUAUUGCCUCCUAUGGAUGGCUACCCUCACUGUGAGGGGAAAAUCAAGUGGAUGAAAGACAUGUGGCGCUCGGAUCCCUGCUACGCAGGCUAUGGAGUGGACGGCACCUCCUGCUCCUUUUUUAUUUACCUCAGUGAGGUUGAAAAUUGGUGUCCUCGUUUACCUUGGAGAGCAAAAAAUCCCUAUGAAGAAGCUGAUCAUAACUCAUUGGCGGAAAUCCGUACGGAUUUUAACAUUCUCUACAGCAUGAUGAAGAAGCAUGAGGAGUUCCGGUGGAUGAGACUUCGGAUCCGGCGAAUGGCUGACGCAUGGAUCCAGGCGAUCAAGUCUCUGGCAGAGAAGCAAAACCUUGAAAAGAGAAAACGGAAGAAAAUCCUUGUUCACCUGGGGCUCCUGACCAAGGAAUCUGGCUUCAAGAUUGCAGAGACAGCAUUCAGCGGUGGCCCUCUUGGUGAACUGGUUCAGUGGAGUGACUUAAUUACAUCUCUCUACCUACUGGGCCAUGACAUCCGGAUCUCAGCCUCGCUGGCUGAGCUCAAGGAGAUUAUGAAGAAGGUUGUUGGAAAUCGGUCUGGCUGUCCCACUGUAGGAGACAGAAUCGUUGAGCUUAUUUAUAUUGAUAUUGUGGGACUUGCUCAAUUUAAGAAAACUUUAGGACCAUCCUGGGUUCAUUACCAGUGCAUGCUCCGAGUGCUAGAUUCCUUUGGAACAGAACCUGAGUUCAAUCAUGCAAGUUAUGCCCAGUCGAAAGGCCACAAGACCCCCUGGGGAAAAUGGAAUCUGAACCCGCAGCAGUUUUACACCAUGUUCCCUCACACCCCAGACAACAGCUUCCUGGGCUUCGUGGUCGAGCAGCACCUGAACUCCAGUGACAUCCACCACAUUAACGAAAUCAAAAGGCAGAACCAGUCCCUUGUGUAUGGCAAAGUGGAUAGCUUCUGGAAGAAUAAGAAAGUCUACUUGGAUAUCAUUCACACAUACAUGGAAGUGCAUGCCACUGUUUAUGGCUCCAGCACAAAGAACAUUCCCAGUUACGUGAAAAAUCACGGCAUUCUCAGUGGGCGUGACCUGCAGUUUCUUCUCCGGGAAACGAAGCUGUUUGUUGGGCUGGGAUUCCCUUAUGAGGGCCCAGCUCCCCUGGAGGCCAUUGCAAAUGGAUGUGCUUUCCUGAACCCCAAGUUCAGCCCUCCCAAAAGCAGCAAAAACACAGACUUCUUCAUUGGCAAGCCGACACUGAGAGAGCUGACGUCUCAGCACCCUUACGCAGAAGUCUUCAUCGGCCGGCCACACGUCUGGACCGUGGAUCUGAACAAUCGUGAGGAAGUGGAGGACGCGGUGAAAGCCAUCUUAAACCAGAAGAUUGAGCCGUAUAUGCCGUAUGAGUUCACGUGUGAAGGGAUGCUGCAGAGAAUCAACGCGUUCAUAGAGAAGCAGGACUUCUGCCAUGGCCAGGUGAUGUGGCCUCCCCUGAGCGCCUUGCAGGUGAAGCUGGCAGAGCCUGGGCAGUCCUGCAAGCAAGUGUGCCAGGAGAACCAGCUCAUCUGUGAGCCUUCCUUCUUCCAGCACCUCAACAAGGAAAAGGAUCUGCUCAAGUACAAGGUGACCUGCCAAAGCUCAGAACUGUACAAGGACAUCCUGGUGCCAUCCUACUACCCCAAGAGCAAGCACUGUGUGUUCCAAGCAGAUCUCCUGCUCUUCAGCUGUGCCGGGGCCCACCCCACACACCAGAGGAUCUGCCCCUGCCGGGACUUCAUCAAGGGCCAAGUGGCCCUGUGCAAAGACUGCCUAUAGCACGGCCGCCCUGAAUGCAUUCCGAUGGGAAAGAGGUGGCUCCGCUGGCCAGGGGGCCAAAGUCAUUCAGGGACUCUGACCAGAGCCCGAACUCUUUGGUCCAGGGCUUGGAUUUGGUACUGCUCCAGCUAGAGUCAGCGCAAACCAGGAGUUUACACCAAAACCGCAAGAGAACCCGAGGUCAGACCGGGGCCUGGCUUCUCCCUGGUGCAACGAAUGUCCUCUCUGUCCCGGAAAGUGUCCAGGCAGCUGCUCCUCCGGGGUUAUUUUUUUAAAAAAAGAAAGGAUAAAGUUGGAGACUCAUUCAACUGAAAACAAAACAGAAAGAGGGAUUGAGCCGAUUGGAAAGAACUUUGGGGACAUUCCUAAACCCAUUAAUUUAUUUAUUUGGGAGGAUGGGGGUAGGGGCGGGAGGGAGAAAAGGGUUGAACAGUUUCCUCUUUAUCCCCCACUGUUAGUCACCCACCUUCAGGGUCUCCUUGUUCUGCUGGCAUCAGGCAGGAUGCGGAGGGGCUGGUGGCAUGCUUGAAGGUGGCUGUGGGAGCUUUGCUCCUGGUGGCAGGUGGCAGCACAGAAAAAAAAUGUCUUUAAGAGUAGGGAUGUGACUCAGCUUGCAGAAUGCUUGCUUAGCAUGCAGGGAGCCCUGGAUUCCAUCCCCAGCACCACAUAAAACCAGGUGAACGCCUGUAAUCACAGGUGAGAAGUAGAGGCAGGAGGAUCAAACAUUCAAGGUCAUCCUUGGCUACAUAGCAAAGUCAAGGCCAACCUAGGCUACAAGAGACCCUGUCUCAGAAAAUAGAUUUUUUUUUUUUUUUGCUUUGAAAACACAGCCAGUCACUGUCGAAGCAUUGUCAUAGAGCUGAGGAACCUGUGUGUUGCUUGGCAGGUGGCAGCUAAAAGGUGAUAACCUUGGUGGGGACAUGCCUGUGUGUCCUGAGGGCCCUGCCAAGUGCCAAAGACAGGCUGGGCUGUGCAUGAGAGAGGCUGCUUUCCCGUGUGUUCCCUCCCCUCCUACCUACACAGCUUGGUUAGAAUUCCAUUGUCGAAGAAACACAGGGCUGUGUAAUUCUCAUUUGCUGCUGUGGUAAACUGGCCCUCCCUCACUGUAAGGAAAGUAAGAACUGAAGACUCCAAGAGCUGCCCUUGAAUGUGGGGGGGCAGUUUCUCGAGCUCAAAACAGCUAAGAGUUGGAUAAGAAAGGCAUCCUAGAGUUAGUAACACAGAGGGGAUUCGUACUGUGUCCCCAUUGAUGUCUGAUGUUGCUGAAUUCCAGGGAGCAGGGCUCCCCCAUGAACUUGAUGGUUUCUGGGGAGGUAAGGACGGUUUAGAAUGAGGGCUGGGUAUUGUCCUGGCUGCUCCCCGGUAGGUGUGGCUUACAGAGGGUGGAAGACUGGAGCUGGGUUUUACUUGAAGCACUGUUCUUGGGAGUCUGAGCAGCCCUGUGGAGAACCUGGCAGCAGGUUGGCCUCAUCAAACAUGCUGGAGUCCCCACUUUUCACACCCUGGAGCCCUUUCGUGAGUCCAUCCCUGCUGAAGUAUUGCUUCUGUCUCUGUGUAUUUGUGAGUUUCCAGACACACCUCCCACACUUGUCUCCGUGCUGGAGAGGGAGCCCACCCUCUUCUACCUCUUGCUGUAAGCAUUGUCCACCCAGCCCAGCUGGUAGAGUAGGCUUCCUGGCUGCUGCUGCCCAGCACCUCCCUGUGGCCGGGUAGAGCCUUGCUGAAACGAGAGAAAGGCCCAUGACUGGCUGAGCCCUCCGGAAGCAACAGACAGGAGGAUUCAACUUUGUGGCAACCAAGGGGUGGGGAGAUGGGGCAUGGGGCUUGUAGGUCUGGGAAAUCUUAAUUUCUACCGGGUGCAUAUGUCGCACCAAUUACACCUCCGGCCUUUUUUUCCCUUAGGCCCUAAGAUAGACAGCUCCAAGGACUGAGCUUCUGGUCCUAGAGAAUGAAGUGGAGUUGGGAGGUGCUGCCGGGGGCUUGGGGAGGUGAUGGCAGGGGGGAUCCUAUCCUAAACACUGACAGGGGUCCUUCAAGUUAAAAGGCCUAGCCAUGUAGCAUGUUUCUGAAGGUUUGCAAGGGUGGUUUUCUGCAGCAGGGUAGGAGAGAACUGGCAGACUUACUGUGAGGAAGGACUUUUCCCUGCACCCCAGAAUUGUGGGAAUCUGCCAGUUUCCAGACCUGAAAUUCCUAGGCAUCUCCACCAGGAGUCCAAGGAGCUAUGCGAGACAGCGCUGGUGUUCAACCAGCAGGGGGUGCUCCAAGCUGAAAUGACCCCCACCUGCAGCCGCUGCCUGACCCUGAACGCAGUGCCUCUGCAUCUUCCAAUUCCUCCUCUCCACCUCAAGACCCGAGUCACACAACACAAAAGAGUUCUUUUUCCCCUGUAAUACAGUCCCCUUCUGGUUUUAGACAGAGGCGAGCCUCACUUCCCCUGGUGGGCUCCUGCUCUUGAGGCUAACCAACUGCCUGAACAGGCGGGAGGUCCCCUUAAUAUACACCAGCUCCCAGACCUUCUCAGAGUUAGCAAGGUGCAGCCAAGUGACCCUCCAGGGGAAACUGGCAGUGGGGGCGGGGGACAUUCUGCCCAUCAGGUGUGGAAGUCAGCAGGGGAGGAACCCACAGCCUUGGCUGGAAGCCCACCACACUUACAUGGCACUGACGACCUUGCAGGAACCUAGGCCUGUGUGUAAUUGAACCUCCCCCGGGAGAGAAACCUGAAAUCAGGACUUGCGUUUUCCUGCCCCGUCAUCAGAUCCCAGCAGGUCUUUGGAGUUGUUUUCCCCUUUGUGAUGUUAGACCCCUAAACCGGGGGAGCCCUGCUAAGAGAGAGAAUGUAUUUCUUCAGAAGGUGAGGGGGCGGGGCCUCGCUGGAUCCCAGGCCACACCUGAGCAUUUCUGAAUGCUGUCUGGUUUCCUGUACAAAUGGAAACCCUGUGACUGUUUGGGAGUUUUGUUUUGUCUGUGAGGCGAAUCAUUUGUUGUAGGUGUCUGGUGAGUGUUUGGAAAUGUUUGUCUGUCUCAUGGGUGGCACAUGUCUUCCUGACAUGUCUGUUCAUUCCUCUUUGGGGUUGGACUUUGAAGGCUGGGUGCUGUCCAAGGCAGGUUGUUCCGGCCUGGAAUAACCAACCACGUGUCCACAGUAUGUGUGCCCGCACAUGACUAUUUAUGUUCCCGGUGCAUGUGUGCACAUAAGACUACGUUUGGUGUGUGUGCAUGUGUGUGUUUGUAUAUGUUCCUGGUGUGUGGUGUAUGUACGCGUACCCCCAGAGUAGGACUGAGGGUGCCAAGAAUCCUUUAGCUGGCAUCCCCAGGACCAGACCCUAUCUCUUGACUCUUAGGAUGGCCGACGUAGUGAAGGGCUUGGUUCCCCAGUCACCCUGGCUGACAUGUUGCUGAGGCAGAAAACCAGCCUUAAGGCCAUCUAUGUAGAAGCAGCAGCCCCCAAGCACUUCAGCUAGUUAGCAUGCUGGGGGUGAGCGGAGUCCCCUUGCUGUUUUCCCUUAGUGAAUGGAUGUGGGCGUGGCUGCAGAACCGCCCGCUGGUGAUAGUCUGGCAGUGAGCUGGGUUGCACUGAAACUGUGUGCUGCUUAUAGAUGACUGUGUGUGCUUUGACUUGGACCAGGGUGCUUUACCUAGACUGUGUGUAAUUAGGCACCUCCACCCUCUCCCAAACCUCUUGAUGGAAAACGAAAAGCCAAGUGUUUUGUUAACGGCAGGCUCUGCUGUGUGUGUGUUACUUGCUAUUCCAAGCCUGGACUGGUUUAUUUAUUUAAAACUAUUUUAAUUUCUUUAUUGGCUUUAUUCUUAUCCCGUCUGUCCCUGUGUGGCUGCAGAGUGUGUCUUUGUUCGAGUAGACGGAUGGCAGAAAUAGGUUUAUAGUCAUUUAGGAAGCUCGCAGCUUGGAGCCUGGGAGGGGCUCCCUUCAUUCCUGUUGCCUUCCACAGAAAGUGCAAAGUCAAGUCAAGUUCUUUUUCAGUUUGGAUUUUGUUUUUUGACAUAUAGCAAAAGACCAAAUUAGCUGUAUAGCCUUGGAUACAGAAAAUAAGAAUUACUCUAGUUCUAGCAUUUAGGGUUCUGUGAGAUCCCACGUUUAGCACAGUGCCCGGCUCGUAGAAAGCCUGGCGAAUGUUCAAUAUUGAUAUUAGUAGUAUAUCAUAAAACUUGAGAAAUAAAGAGCUGGGCUCACCCCCAUCUGUUGAUUCAAACAUGAUGGUCACAUAAAAAUCUUGUUGAGUAGAUCAGAUGGUAGAGGAAUUAAUUGUUCCAAUGUGUAAGCUCUGUGCCUACCCUGCUCACUGGAAUUCUAGUGUUUUCUUCAAUACUCUGAUUGGAAAGUAUGCCAGUCUUCUUCAGCACUCCGUGAAACAAGACUGAAAGAAUGUUAUUAAGUGAAGUUGAACCCACCAGUAUGUUCUGGAACAUUCCAGGGGUUUCUUUGGGGAACUUUUUGAGCUCAAAAUUAAAAGUUCUCUCACAAGCUGCACUCCUUGAAUUAGAGUUUAAUUUUUAUUCCUCUAUAAUGCAAUAAUAGAAUCUUCAAUUUGUUUAAGGGGAAGAGUGAAGAACUAAAUUUACAGUUCCCGGGGAAACCCUUUGCUGCCCCCUGCUGGACAGGAUGGCGCCUAGCAGGUUGGUUACCUCUGCCACGUUCCCAUCCUACCCAAGAUUAAUCCCAUGACCUGGUCCUUAAAAAAAAUUUUUAAAAAUCCACCACCACCCCCAAAGGAGCCACAUGAGGCCCUAUGACGUCAGGGAUUUUGAUUUCUUUCAAAACUGGACCCAAAACUGAAACCCAGAGGUCACUUGAAUACCAGUUUGCUGUUUAUCUUUUGCCAAUCUGGCCUCUUCCCUGGUAGAGCAUCUCUGUGUGGACUGCAGAUGCGGAACCGAGAGGAAAAUUUCCUGGAGUCCAGUGUGCUUUUCCAACUCCUCUCUCAGCCGGUUGAUGGUUUUACAGCUUAGAGGGAUGAGCUGAUUGAAUUCAUCUUUUCCAGAGCUCCAUUCUGCCCCAGAUCUUGUCACUUAAGGCUGUUCUCUUCCCACCCUGACGCUCACUCUCCACCCCUACAGCUGGGACGCAUUGCUGAUGUGGUGGGUAGUUUCCUGUGGAAACCAGCGUGGGUAGGAGGUACACCGGGGGCAUUGCUGGACGGCCGCCAGGAGCGUGAGCACUGCAGCCCAUGGAAGCUGCAACAGCAGGCAUGGGCAAGCACCUUUUUUGGGGGGAGCUUGCGCCCGGCCCAGGUACUAAGGAAAAUAACGUAACCACAAUGCCAAAGGACAUGGUGACGUCCCUUCCACUGUGGUCGCUGUCACAGCCUUGAUGUUAAGCUCAUGGUCACUCACGUCUGUGUCUUGAAAUGGAUCCUGGUGCACUUGUUCCUGCUGUCACAGGACCCUGCAAAUGAGGUGUCACUGUCCCUGACCUACUGUGCCAGGCACAAAGAACACUGCUUUGUUUUCCCGUGUUGUAGAGAAACUAGGGAGAACUUUAUUUUUCAAUAAACUUUUCUUGUGCGA